AUGCUCCAACAGACAUUGCGCGAGGGUUGCCAUCUGCUCAUCGGCACACCUGGUCGUAUUUUGGAUAUCUUGUCCGACGACUACUCGGGCAUCAAGGCCCCAAAUCUGGAUGCACUGGUCAUGGACGAGGCUGAUCGCCUCAUGGACGAGGGCUUUACCAAGGAGAUUGAUGAGAUCAAGACAUUCCUGCCCGAUCCUGCAGAGCGCGAACGCCAAAAUCUCAUGUUUUCCGCCACCAUUCCCCGCGACGUGGUCCACCUUGUCCGUAACACCAUGCGUCCCGGCUUCCACUUCGCCAAGUGUGUCUCUGACGAGGAAACACCAACACAUGAGCGCGUGCCCCAAAAGUACGUCAACGUCAAUGGCUUCGAGAAUAUCAUACCCUUUUUGUAUGAAUUCAUGGCCAAGUCACACGACGCCGGUCGGUCUGGUAAUGCCCGUCCCUUCAAGGCCAUCAUCUACUUCAACAGCACCGCCGAGGUCACCCUCGCAGCUUCCGUCUUUUACAAGAUCACUGCGGGCUCCAAGAGCGGCCGACGCGAGAUGCGCGAUGCGGCUCAGAACGUUGGAGGACCCUCCCUCGCUGGCCUGCGCACCUUCGAAAUUCACGCCAAACUGACGCAAGCACAGCGAACACGCGCCGCUGAUAACUUCCGUUUUGCAGAUUCGGGUGUGCUCUUCUCUUCCGACGUUACGGCCCGUGGCAUGGAUUUCCCAAAUGUGACACAUGUCAUCCAAGUCGGUCUUCCCCGUGACCGCGACACAUACAUCCAUCGUCUUGGCCGCACGGCCCGUGCCGGCAAGGAAGGUGAGGGCUGGCUCAUUCUCUCUCGCUAUGAGAGGAGCGAGGUCCGCCGUCGUCUCAACAAUCUGCCCCUCGCAGACGCUACAUCUGAAUACGAGUGCCCCGCCAUUGAUCUGUCUCAGCAGACCGAUGUCCCAGAGAACAUUGGCAAGAUCCUAGCCGAAUGCCUCCAAGCACACAGCAAGGUCUACCCUGACCAGCUCGACGGUGCUUUCCGUGGUCUCUUUGGCGCAUACCAGUGGUAUGGCGACAAGCGGGAGCUCCUCGAGGGGGCGAACCGUCUGGCAGAGCUUGGUUGGGGCAUGCCUACUCCUCCCCCUCCACCUUCUGCUCUCUUCAACACCCGUGGACGCCGGGGAGGGUCUAGCUCAGGCUUCCGUGACCGUUCAUCCUUUGGUGGUGACAGACGGGGUGGCGGUGGUGGAGACUUCGGAGGUGAUAGGCGGGGAGGCGGCGAUGGAGGCUUUGGUAGUGACAGGCGAGGUGGCGGUGACAGACGAGGUGGUGGCGGCUUUGGAGGUCGAGGUGGCGGCGGUGGUGGCUUUGGUGGUGACCGAAGGGGUGGCGGUGACUUUGGCGGCGACAGACGUGGUGGUGGCUUCUCCCGAGGUGGUGGCGGCGACAGACGUGGUGGUGGUGGAUUCGGCGGCGACCGACGUGGUGGUGGUGGCUUCGGCGGCGACCGACGUGGUGGUGGUGGCUUCGGCGGCGACAGGAGACAAGCGCCCUCCAUGGCACUUUAA